CUCCAGUCUAUUCUUUUCUUUUUAUCACUCAUCGUCGCAAUUAAUUUCAUAUUCUCUCCUCUCUCCUCCUCAUCUUCCUUACCUCCGUCUCCUCAACUGUGUUGCGCAAUCUCAUGUGCUGAAGUCUCGCGCAACCGGGUCUAUACCUCCCCUUCCCUAGACUCCCCUCCUACCCUCCCACCUACCUACCGUCCACCAUCCUUGAAAUCGUUGGACUAGCUCAAUUGUAGGUAUGGCUGCAUCUUUGUGCGCUCUGCGUGGCACUCGCCAGCUGGCGCUGCGCUCUCGUUUGCGCGCUGCUCCCUCGCCAAUUGCGGUGCGGAGAGCUUCUCCCUUGGUUCGUUCCCUUCACACCACCACACAGCAGUCGCCUUCUGCACGACGGCCUGUCUACACCAGCUCCGUCGCGGAUCAUGGCGUGCCUCAUCCCCCGGAUCUUUUCCAACCCCUCGAUACCUUCCCCAGACGUCAUAUUGGCCCCAAUCCCGAUGCCGCCAAGGAGAUGCUUGCCACCCUGGAUCCUCCGGUAGCGUCGCUCGAUGAGUUCGUCAAGCAAGUGCUGCCGGCGGAUAUCCUGUCCAAGAAGGACCUGAAGGUGUCUGCUCCGCACUCCACCGCCAAUCUUCCUCGCAGUAGCGUGCACGGUGGUCUGGGAGAGACGGAUAUGCUGAAGCUCUUGGAUACCUACCGCAAGCAAAUCGAUGUUUCGGGCAAGACAUACCUCGGAACAGGCUACUACCCGACCAUUGUGCCCCCAGUCGUCCUCCGUAACGUCCUGGAGAACCCGGCGUGGUACACCAGCUACACUCCCUACCAGCCGGAGAUCAGUCAGGGUCGUCUCGAGUCCCUUCUGAACUUCCAGACGCUGACUGCCGAUCUCACCGGUCUGCCCUUCGCCAAUGCCUCGGUUUUGGAUGAAGGUACUGCGGCCGCUGAGGCCAUGACCAUGUCCUUGGCCACCCUGCCCAUGUCGAAGCAGAAGAAGGCCGGCAAGGCUUACGUGGUGUCUCACCUCUGCCACCCUCAGACCAUUGCGGUGAUGCGCUCCCGCGCAGAGGGCUUCGGCAUCAACCUGGUGGUCGGCGAUAUUCUGGCGGAUGACUUUAAGCUGGUCAAGGAGCAGGGUGACAAACUGAUUGGUGUGUUGGCUCAGUACCCCGACACCGAGGGUGGUAUCUACGACUUCCAGUCUUUGAGUGACACGAUCCACGGCAACGGUGGUACCUUCAGUGUUGCUACUGACCUUCUGGCCUUGACUCUUCUCAAGGCACCUGGCGAGUUCGGUGCCGAUAUUGCGUUUGGAAGCGCCCAGAGACUGGGUGUCCCCAUGGGAUACGGUGGUCCUCACGCCGCCUUCUUUGCUUGCGCGGACAAGUACAAGCGCAAGGUUCCCGGCCGUGUUGUGGGUGUAUCCAAGGACCGUCUGGGCAACCGUGCCCUGAGACUGGCCCUGCAGACCCGUGAACAGCAUAUCCGCCGUGAGAAGGCCACUAGCAACAUUUGCACAGCCCAGGCCCUCCUCGCCAACAUGACCGCCAUGUAUGCUGUCUACCACGGACCUGCUGGCUUGAAGGCUAUCGCCCAGCGCAUCAUGUCGAUGACCACUACUCUGCAGGCGAAGCUCGCCGGCUUGGGUUACAAUGUUCCGAUCAAGUCGAACAGCGCUGAUGGUGGUGCUCUCUUCGACACGGUUGUUGUCGAGCUGUCCGGUGCCCAAGAAACCGAUGCCAUCAUUGCGGCUGCUCGUGAGCAGUCCAUGUUCCUCCGCCGGUUGAGCGACACCAAGGUCGGAAUCUCUCUGGACGAGACUGUCGGCCGUGAGGAGGUGAAGUCUAUCCUUAAGGUGUUUGCCGCCCACGCCUCCAAGGCCGAGGUUGGCUUGGAAGAGGAUCUGGCUGUUGCUCCUGUGCCCGCCAGCCUGGAGCGUACCUCUGCCUACCUGACCCACCCCGUGUUCAACACCCACCACUCCGAAACGGAAAUGCUGCGUUAUAUCCGUCACCUCGAGUCCAAGGAUCUGUCCCUGGCCCACUCCAUGAUCCCUCUUGGAUCCUGCACCAUGAAACUCAACGCAACCACGGAGAUGAUUCCGGUCUCGUGGCCUGAGUUCUCUCAGAUGCACCCGUUCCUGCCGGCUGAUGUGGCCAAGGGAUAUACCCAGAUGAUCGAUGACCUCGAGCAGCAGCUCGCAGACAUCACCGGCAUGGCCGAAGUCACCGUGCAGCCCAACUCCGGUGCGCAGGGUGAGUUCGCUGGUCUGCGCGUCAUCAAGAAGUACCAGGAGGCCCACGAAGGCGACAAGCGCAACAUUUGCUUGAUCCCCGUAUCGGCUCACGGUACCAACCCUGCCAGUGCUGCCAUGGCUGGUAUGCGCGUGGUGACGAUCAAGUGCGACACCAAGACCGGCAACCUGGACUUGGAAGACUUGAAGGCCAAGUGUGAGAAGCACAAGGACGAGCUGGCGGCUGUAAUGAUCACCUACCCCAGCACCUUUGGUGUGUAUGAGCCUGGCAUCAAGCAGGCCUGUGAGAUUGUCCACCAGCAUGGUGGCCAGGUCUACAUGGACGGUGCCAACAUGAACGCCCAGAUCGGUCUGUGCUCUCCUGGCGAGAUUGGUGCUGAUGUGUGCCACUUGAACCUGCACAAGACCUUCUGUAUCCCCCACGGUGGCGGUGGUCCUGGUGUCGGUCCCAUUGGUGUGGCCGAACACCUGCGGCCCUACCUUCCCUCUCACCCGGGCAGCGAGUACCUUCAGUCCAAGCGGUCCGAGUCGUCCUCGCCCCCGAUCAGCGCUGCUCCCUGGGGUAGCGCUAGCAUCCUGCCCAUCACCUUCAACUACAUCAACAUGAUGGGAUCCAAGGGCCUUACACACGCAACAAAGAUCACACUGCUCAACGCCAACUACAUCCUGGCUCGUCUCAAGGACCACUACCCUAUCCUAUACACCAACGAGAACGGCCGCUGUGCCCAUGAGUUCAUCCUCGAUGUGCGCAAGUUCAAGGACACCUGUGGUGUCGAGGCUAUCGAUAUCGCCAAGCGUCUGCAGGACUACGGCUUCCACGCCCCGACCAUGUCGUGGCCCGUGGCCAACACGCUGAUGAUCGAGCCCACCGAGUCGGAGAACAAGGCGGAGCUUGACCGGUUCUGCGAUGCCCUCAUCUCCAUCCGGGAGGAGAUUGCCGCCGUCGAGAGCGGCGCCCAGCCCCAGGAGGGCAACGUGCUGAAAAUGGCACCGCACACCCAGCGUGACCUGUUGUCUAGCGAGUGGAACCGGCCGUACACCCGCGAGACGGCGGCGUACCCGUUGCCGUACCUGGUGGAGAAGAAGUUCUGGCCGUCGGUGACGCGUGUAGAUGAUGCCUACGGUGACCAGAACCUCUUCUGUACCUGCGGACCGGUGGAGGAUAGCGAGUAGAUAGUCUAUGAUACCCAUGUGUACGAUUGCGUUUGAUACCAUAUUUUCAACAUUCUGGAUUGGGCAUUGCAUAUUGAUACGACUUGCAUGACCAGCGAUUCAACAUUGUCAUGAUAGACAAGGAUGGCGUUUUAGAAAUAUUAAUAAAAACAUGAAUGUUCCAUCAAUCAAUU